AUGGCAACCAUGACAGAAGAAAUCACAAUUCAUAGCACUAAAUCAACUAAUAAUAAUACUUGGUAUUAUAUGAAUCUUGAAAUUGUUCCACAACCAGAUAUAACAAUCACAGAUAACAAUACCCGUCUUGAAGAAUUCAACAAAAUUAAAAUAGAUCCAAGUAUAUGGAAAUCAUUAAUUAUGAAAAGUAUGAAUAAAUUAUAUGGAUUAAUUGGUGAAUCAAUUCCAUUUGAAAUAUUAUCACAAAGCACCGAUGAAAAAAAUUCAAUAAUUAUAAAGAUUUAUAAACAAGAUUUUGAAAGAUUUAAUAAUGGAUUGUUUAGUUUUACAUUUAGUUUAAUGGAUUAUUAUGGGAUUGAUAUAAAUUGUUAUAUAAAAAUUGAAAAACUGGGUCAAUUUUUAGGAUUAGUGAUAUAA